AUGGAGCGCCAUGUCUGGAGACAGCAGCCCUGGUCGACCUACGCGCUUCACAUCGCCACCUUCACGUCGCUGGCCUUCGUUUUCGACCCGCUGAUCCUGGCCUCGCUGUGGUGGGGCACCGCCGACUGGGAUGUUGUGAGCCGGCGCUGUGCGUUCGGCGCUAUGCUCGUCUUCUUUGCCUUCACCAAGGUUGUCAAGCUUGUGGGCCUGUUUAGGAAGAACCCCGCCGACAUUGUGUUCCUGCCGCUAUCCAUCGUCUUCGGCUACCUACAUGGUUUUAUUAAGCUAUACGCCCUAUUUACUCUGAACAUGACCAUGUGGGGCAGCCGCAAGGAUGGUGAUGAUAACGACAACCUGCGUUUGACGCUGUACUCCCAGCGCAGUGCCAUCCUAAACAACCCUCCCUAAGGAGUCGGCACUCAUCCACUAAUUACACGGGAGAUCAUGGACCCACCCCG